GCGUUUAUUUACAGUACUACAUUUUGUAGUAAAAUCACUUUUUUAAACUUUCAACCGAACUACCUCCACACCACCGGUCACCCGAGACCCACAUCCGGAUACUGUAUCCGCCACUACCAUGACUACUGCACUAGCUUCAGCCGACCUCCCUACAAUGAUUAUGAUUGUUCAUUGUAGUUUGCCAAUCGUUGAAGCGGGGACCGUAGCAUUGUCGAUCGGUCGGUGGGCGAGGCAUUCAGCAAGUGGAGUGCUAUCAAUACGUCAAGGGUUGUGUGUGAAGUGCUCCGUAGUCGGGCGUAGAUGAGGCAGUCUAGAUUCAGAAUGUGAAAAGCACCGAUACUAGUGCCUGUAGUGGGGCAUGUAUAUUAUUCUACAUCAGUUUAGAUCUACUACCUUCGUAUCAGUCGCAUGUCUGCACCGCACACAGUAGAUGACUGUACAACACGUUUGCGAAGAACGACGUCCGACGGUGCUAGUGUUUGUGUCGCAUCGCUCAGUUUCACUUGGCCUGAACACUACUCAGUCUACUGUCACAAGCAGCUUGUCAGAUCGGAGACGAAUCACUACCACAGAUCGGAGACGAAUCACUAGUACAUGUACUACCACAGAUCGGAGACCGGAUCGUGUUGUGUAGAGUUCGUGGCAGGAGGACGGGUUGUGAGAGUCGACGCGGCGAUUGCUGCAACAGCAGUGCCAGCUGCAGUGCUGGUUUCGGAAGGUACCGGACACCAGGAUUUCCUGUUGUCACGUCGCUCCGCCGAGAAUGCUGCCGGGCAGAAAGAGGAAGGGGCGAGCUCCACAGCCACCUUCUCUGGUACCAGUGGCGACACAAGGAUUGGACAGCACUGGUACCAAACAUGCAAGCAAAGUACCCAUACCCGCUGUGGAGACUGCUAAUGGCGUAACGGGGAGUGACUGUAGCACCCCGGACAGUGAUCCAUCCUCACAGCCGGUUGUGACCAGACCAAAACUAUGGAAGCAGCCGACCCUGACCAAGGAGAGUACUGUCAUCAAGUCUGGCCUGGUCAAAGUGGCGUUCCAUCGCUUGGGAAUGAACCACUGGAAGUUGCGCAACAUGGAACUCUGCUGGGAUCCCGUGCCUUCGGAGAAUGAAAGCACCUGCAAAGUGAGACUUCGACUAACAAUCUUCCCUGCCAAGAAGGGCCACAGCCACAAGCGCCAGGACAUUCGCAUUUCCAAUCCGCAGUCGCUGCAGAUCGUGUCGGAGAACUUUGUUAAUCGCAACGUGCUGCUGAUCCAGUCGGACUCUGACUACUAUAUCUCAACGGAUAGCAAGAAUGUAUUAGUAGACUGGGUUGCCACUCUCAAAGCCGCGUUGGCCAAGAAGCCGGGAGGUGACCAUCCACUAUUCUUCAUCACUGUCAUGCCGGGACAGUUGGUGGAGGCUAGCGAAGCACUGCUCAACAUCGUCGACAACACACUGCUCUUACAGAAGCCAGUGCACGAGGAGCUGUUCUAUAUGACCAGUCUAAGCAGCAUAGUGGCGUUUGGUGCUGACCGAAGUCAGCUGACCUGGUGGCUUGAAGUGUUCGCCCAGCGUCGUAGCUCCAUCACCGAUACUACCGUUCAGCACAUUGAGUUCCUAGCGAUAUCCGUCGACGAAGUCAUCUCCUACAUCCAGCAAUCGCUGAGCACGGCCAAGCUGUACAUCGAGCAAGUGCAUGAGGCGGACAUGGCGGACGGGCAGACUAAGUUCAAGGUGUUGCAGUCAGAGCAGAAUGAUAUCGCCCGCAUUGGUCGGCAACAGCUGCACUUGGAGGACGCCGCUCUGAACGCCUCACCACACUUUGCCCUGGCUGAGGCUAAGAUAGCGGCGGCUGGAGGAGGUGUGGAUAGCACCGACGGAGAGAUAGCGGGCAUGCCGCGAAGAAUAACGUGGAGCGGCAUCGGUCGUGAUGCUAAAGCAGUUCCCGGUUCGCCACCGCAAGAGGUAGUGCGGCAGCUUCAGAAAAGACAUGACUCGUCCAGCCAGUCUAUGAACGAUCUGAGCAAGGAUGACGGUAUCGGGGCAAGCCGCGGUCGUCUAAGUGCCAAUUCCACAUCAGCUGUCGGUGGUGGUAGUGGCGGAGACCUGCGGUUACUCAAUCUGAAAGGUCCCGCCGGUCCUAGACCACCGCCGCUCAGUUACUCCCCACCGUCCUCCCCACCACCCGCUCCACCCGCCGUCUUGUCACCAGCCAAAUCCACCCCACUGCUGAGUCCUACUACUAGAAACAUGCUGGCCAAACCCCAGAAGCCUCCUCGUUGUGGUGGCGUAAGUCCGGCACGGGAGCGGUACGAGCGCGAUCUCAACUCGCCGGAUUACUCUCCGCCCAGUCAGAAACACGCAGUGAUAGGCAAGAGCGGCGAGUGUGUCGUGUCACCCGACACUCACACGAUUGCAGUGGACCCACUGCUCGGGAGCGUGUCCAAUACCAAUACCAUCACGGGAGGAGGAGCGGAGCAGACACUACCGUCAUCCAGCAUAGCUGCUCAGUCUAGCCAUGAGAAAACAGCUGCACAUCGCCACCAGUCGUCACACCCGCUCCAGACAGAGUCACAUGAUCAAGUCACUAAUGACAUCACGGCACAAUGCGGCGUCGUUCCAGGUGGUCUGUCGGAACGAAGCGGAAGUGUGAGUGUGACUACCACCUCACCACCAGCAACGGCUGCUUACUCUCCUCGCCCAGUGCCGAAACCUCGACGUCGUGGUACGGGCGGCAUCAGUGCAGCUACCGCACCAUGUACGGAUGCUGCACCAUGUACGGGUACAAGCAAGUGUUCAGACACGGGAAGAGAUCAGACCCAAGCAUGGAGCGGUGCAGAAGUGACAACAGGAGAGGACCGGAAGCGACAGCAUGUUGAACCGGAAAUCUGUGAUUCCACUAGCGACGCACCGGGCCAUUCUGACAAUGCAGGUAAUCUGCCUGCAUCGUCUCAAUCUCGCCUUAAACCUGCUGUACCCAUACGAAGUGACAGUAUUUCUGAUGCCAGCACUGCGACCCAGCUAGCAGCUAUGAAAGCCAGCGCUACCAAAAGCCAGAGAGCGAGACAACUUCCAAUGGAGCCCGAACAGCCGGAAGACGAGCACCCAUACGAGGAUAUCGAGUUUUCAACUGACGAAGCAGGUCACAUUGCAUCGCAAGCCCAUAGCAACGGCCUGAUUGGGUCUGCACCAUACCCGGGAAGUGUGUCAGCAAUGAAAACAUCACAAUCAGCAGAUGAUCCUAGCUGUGCUUGCGCAGCAACGGACACUGAACUUGCAAGCACCUUGACCCGUGACCCACCAGACGGUCAAGAGGCUGAUACUGAACACAUCGAAACCGGGCCGGCACAGCCUGAAGUUGAUUAUAUAGAUGAAGAACCCAUAUAUGUCAAUCUGGCAAGCUAUCGGUUGCUGGAGAUUGUGGAUAGCACAGAUGAUGAGCUUCAGUAGGUGAAUACUCGUCUCCACUUGUACUCGCUACAUCUAUAUACGGAUCAGGAAGCAAAUUGUUCCCACUCCGACUUGAGUAUUAUGCAGCCGGCGUUUGAGAGAGAAACAUCACCCGGUCCCUGCUGUAUCAUGCAAUCAUUGAAGUUACCUUGAUGUCGUCAGUGUGUCUGUACACGCGUCUCUAGGUCCUAACGUACUGAUGACACUAGUGCUGCUGAUGGUGGACGGUGCAUCUGUCAGUUAGCACAGUGCUUUUCCAGACUGCAUGUGUUAUAAUUCUGGUCAAGUAAUCCACCACCACCAGAGCUGCUGCGUGAUCACAUGGAUCAACAGACGCGCAUAUACGCACGCUUAUACAUGCACUCACAUGCACACACAAACACACUGGCAUAAAUUCAUAUGCACACGCAUGCACGUGCGUACGCACACACAAGCACACACACGCGCGCGCGCACGCACACACACACGCAUGCACACACGCACCCCCCCCCCCCCCACACACACACACUGUGUUUGUACAUGUAUAGCAAUGACCGGCUGUGGUAACACCAAACUUACAUUUACAAUGUGACGUCUGAAAUAUUUCAGUGCUGCAAUAAUUUUCUGCGGCUAUUUCCUCACUCCUAAUUAUAGUGUCUCCUUGCUGCUGGUCAUGCACAUCGCGUUGAGAACAGCUUUCCGGAACUUCUCCGAUGUUCCUGAAUCUUGCCUUCGGCAUACAUGUAAUUGCUCUUCUGUGAAAAGCCUGGUGUGAAAAUAUCUAUACUAAUAUAGAUUUGUUUAGUCUGUGCAUGCAGAUGCACGUAUGCCCCUUGUCCAAGUCAACGUUGUGUUUCUUGUCAGUCUGGAGGAUGAUGGUGGAUAGGCCGAUAGGCCAACAUACUUACUUUGAUUGAUUUUUCCAAGUGCAGAGAAGAACCCACGCAGAGAGUACACAUACCUCUCUUACUAUGUGCGGA